UUGGUUUGUAAGCGAAAACUAAUAAAUGAUGGAAGGGGAGGUAUUCUGGGAGUGGCAAGAUUCCCCACUAACCAACUUCUGGAACUAUUCUCUUUCAGAUGUCGCUAUGUUGCUGGAAAAGCGGAAGAUGUUUUCCCAUCUUUGCGGUUCCAUCUACCUCCUGGAAUUGAUCUUGUCCAAUCGGACGUUGUUGGGGUACUGGAUCCACCAAGAUGUGGUGUGCAUGACAAAGUGGUUCUCGGUUGUCGCAUGAUGGAAACUUUGCGGCGACUUGUUUUCGUCUCUUGUGAUCCGGCUGCAGCUAUGAAGAAUCUUGUGGAUCUUUGUCGUCCAACAAAAAUGUCCGAUACACAAGGAAAGGUAAUCACUUGCAAGGCUGCUGUAGCCUGGGAAGUAAAGAAGCCGCUGUCAAUUGAAGAUAUUGAAGUGGCACCACCGCAAGCUCACGAAGUUAGGAUAAAGAUUCUGUACACGGCUGUCUGUCAUACUGACACAUACACACUUGAUGGUCAUGAUCCUGAGGGAAUUUUUCCCGUUAUACUAGGACAUGAGGGUGCCGGCGUGGUGGAAAGUGUUGGUGAAGGUGUCACUGGUUUUCAGCAGGUUUUUGGCCCCGCAAAAUGCCAACGUAAUCAAGCGAUGCGAUUUUCUUCUGCGUCUUACACACUUCACGGCGCAGCUCGGCUGGCUGGAGACAUUUUGGAUAGUAUCUCGCAAGGUAAAGGCGUCAUGCCCAAUGGCACAAGCAGAUUCACUUGCAAGGGAAAGUCGUUGUUUCACUUUAUGGGAUGUUCCACAUUCUCUGAGUAUACUGUUGUCGCCGACAUAUCCUUAUGCAAAAUUGAUCCAAAAGCACCACUCGAAAAGGUUUGCUUGCUAGGUUGUGGCAUUUCUACUGGUUAUGGGGCUGUGCUCCAGACGUGCAAGGUGGAACCAGGCAGCACCGUAGCUGUUUGGGGACUCGGAGCCGUGGGCCUUGCCGCGAUUAUGGGUGCUAAAGCAGCUGGUGCAAAGAGAAUUGUGGCUAUUGACGUGUCAGAACGCAAAUUCGAUGCUGCCCGUCAGUUUGGUGCGACUGAUUGUGUCAAUCCAAAAACAGUGCCGGCUGACAAGCCUCUGCAAGCUUGGCUGGUUGAGCAAUUCGAUGGAGGGUUUGAUUACACUUUCGAAUGCGUUGGAGACGUAAACGUGAUGCGUCAAGCUCUCGAGGCAGCACAUAAAGGAUGGGGUGUUUCUUGUAUCAUCGGAGUGGCUGCUUCCGGACAGGAAAUAUCUACUCGUCCUUUCCAGCUAGUGACAGGAAGAAAGUGGUGUGGCUCAGCUUUCGGAGGAUGGAAAAGUGUCGACAGUGUUCCAAAACUUGUCCAUGACUAUAUGGAAAAGAAAUUGAAAUUAGACGAAUUCAUCACUCAUCGCUUCCCUCUCUCUGAGAUAAACAGUGCCUUCGAUAUCCUACACAAAGGAGAAAGGUACAUGACGGCAUCAGUGGAAGAGGUAGUGGCAACGGUACUGGAGAGCAUUCACGACCAGAAUCUCGAUGGUGAUGAGGCAAAAGCGUCAAAAAUAAAGGAGGAAGCAAAUCAGUUCUUCAAAGAUCAAGCAUAUGACGUUGCUAUAGAGUUAUAUUCCAUGGCUAUAGAGCACCACCCCACAGCAGUUUUGUACGGGAAUAGGAGUAUGGCUUAUCUGAAAAAAGAAUUGUACGGUAGUGCGUUAGAAGAUGCCAAUAACGCUAUUUCGAUUGAUCCUUCUUAUAUGAAGGGAUAUUAUCGUCGAGCGACAGCCAACAUGGCUUUGGCUCGAUUCAAGAAGGCUCUCGCUGAUUAUGCUACAGUGGUCCGUGCCCAUCCCAACGAUGCAGAUGCAAAACGUAAGCACGAUGAGUGUCAGAAGAUUGUGCGGCGGAUUGCAUUUGAAAAGGCAAUAUCGGUAGACCAUGACAAGAAAAGUAUAUCUGAAUCAAUCGAUCUUUCCACUAUGAUAGUUGAAGAGAAUUAUGAUGGACCUCAUUUGGAUGAAGUUAUUACCGUCGAUUUUGUCAACGAAAUGAUUGCAACAUUCAAAAAGCAGGGAAAACUUCAUAGAAAAUAUGCGUUUAAGAUUUUGUUGGACAUAUAUGCGUAUUUCAAAGAGCAGCCAACUUUGGUUGAAAUUGAUGUGCCUCCUAAGCAGCGUUUUACCAUUUGCGGUGAUAUACAUGGUCAAUUCUACGAUCUCUGUAAUAUAUUUGACAUUAAUGGCCUUCCCUCGGAAAGCAAUCCCUAUCUUUUCAAUGGCGAUUUUGUUGACCGCGGCUCAUUCAGUGUUGAAACGAUUUUCACCAUGUUCAGUUAUAAGUUACUCUACCCCAACCACUUCUUUUUAUCACGCGGAAACCAUGAAAGUGAUGUUAUGAAUAAGAGUAUAUGCAUGAUAUUGCUGCUCAUGCGUCGUCGGGUGGUGCGCCGUGUAGUUGAAGAGAAUUAUGAUGGACCUCAUUUGGAUGAAGUUAUUACCGUCGAUUUUGUCAACGAAAUGAUUGCAACAUUCAAAAAGCAGGGAAAACUUCAUAGAAAAUAUGCGUUUAAGAUUUUGUUGGACAUAUAUGCGUAUUUCAAAGAGCAGCCAACUUUGGUUGAAAUUGAUGUGCCUCCUAAGCAGCGUUUUACCAUUUGCGGUGAUAUACAUGGUCAAUUCUACGAUCUCUGUAAUAUAUUUGACAUUAAUGGCCUUCCCUCGGAAAGCAAUCCCUAUCUUUUCAAUGGCGAUUUUGUUGACCGCGGCUCAUUCAGUGUUGAAACGAUUUUCACCAUGUUCAGUUAUAAGUUACUCUACCCCAACCACUUCUUUUUAUCACGCGGAAACCAUGAAAGUGAUGUUAUGAAUAAGAUGUACGGUUUCGAAGGGGAAGUCAAGAAGAAGUACACGUCACAGAUGGCGGACUUCUUUACUGAAAUUUUCUGUCUGCUCCCUCUCUGUCAUCUUGUCAAUAGGAAGAUAUUCGUAUGUCACGGAGGUCUGUUCAAAGAGGACGACGUAACUUUGGACGAUAUUCGGAAGACAGAUAGAGUUCGUCAACCUCCCGAUGAAGGAAUUAUGUGCGAUUUGUUAUGGUCAGAUCCACAAGAGCUGCGGGGUCGCGCACCCUCUAAGCGUGGUGUUGGAUGUCAAUUUGGUCCAGAUAUCACUGAUGCUUGGAUCGCAAAGAACGGUGUACAGUAUGUCGUGAGGAGCCACGAAGUGAAACCAGAAGGUUACGAGGUUCACCACAAUGGCAAAUGUAUCACGGUCUUCUCAGCCCCGAAUUAUUGCGAUCAAAUGGGUAAUAAGGGAGCUUUCAUAACAAUCACUGGCGAUAAUCUCACCCCGAAAUUCACCACAUUCGAGGCUGUUCCUCAUCCUAUGGUUCCACCAAUGGUUUAUGCGAAUAGCCUUUUUGGAUUUUCUUGA